AAAUAAAUGAUAUCCCGUACCACACGGCGAGGGUUGUAUUGUGCACAACUUUAAUAAGCCAAGGGAGCCGUAGUGGUAGUCGAGAGAAAUCGCGGGAAUAUGGCUAAGCCAUCUAUGGGGCCUCCAAUAAUUAAAGGAAAUCCAAGUACUCCCUUUUUAUUCCCUUCCUUUUCAAAAUCCAAAUCUAAACGACUUGUCCCCAUGGCAACUGCUUCGGCUUCCAGCCCCAGGCCCAAUCAGCCUUCUCUUCUCGUCUUCUCAGUGGUAACUUCAGGUGGUACUGCAUUUAAUGGAGUUGUGGAAGAGCUUAAGAAAUUAACCACACGUGUUGCUCAUGUUCUCCCUGUUUCUGAUGAUGGAGGCAGUACUGCUGAGAUUGUUCGUGUUCUUGGUGGUCCUGCCGUUGGAGACAUAAGGUCUAGAUGUUUAAGAUUGUCUGACCAAAGUACUUGUGAGGCUCUUGCUGUUCGAACGUUGCUUGGUCACCGUUUACCUCUUGAUGCUCCUCUUGCCAAAUUAGAAUGGUAUGACAUUGUGGAAGGAGAACACCCUUUAUGGACUGGUGUAUCAAGACCGUACAGAGAAACAAUUCAAGCUUUUCUCGUUUAUUUCCAAAAUGAGAUCCUCCGUCGGCACAAUGAAUCAUUUUGCUUUAGUAAUGGCAGCAUAGGGAAUUUUUUUUUUGCAGGAGCACGGAUAUUUUUUCAGUCUUUAGAUGCUGCAAUAUUUUUGUUUUCACGUGUUUCAGAUAUUCCCACAGAAAGUUUGGUCCUCCCCGUGAUCUCAACAAACGACAGGCUUACAUUAGGAUGUGAAUUAUGGGACGGGACCAUUAUACGAGGUCAGAAUGAAAUUUCUCAUCCAACCGGUGGUAUCAUGCAACCAGUCAAUAAGGGAUGUUCUUCAGUUCCAGCACUUCCUUCAAGAAUAAAGAGGGUGUUCUACAUGUCAAGCGAGGGUGGAAAUUUGCUUCAUGAGGUCUUUCCCCUCGUUAACUCAGCUGUACUGGAUCAAUUGAGUAAUGUGGAUUGCAUUGUCUAUGCUAUGGGGUCUCUCUUUACUUCAGUUUGUCCAUCGCUGGUGUUACGUAGCAUUGGAGAAAUCAUCUCUUCAAGAACCUGUCCCAAGGUACUUUUGCUGAACGGGACCCGUGAUCGAGAAACAAGUGACUUCUCUGCUUCUUGCUUUGUAACUGCCAUUACAGAUGCCUUAAAUAGAAAGUAUGGAGAUCCCCAUAAUUGUCUAGAAAACUCUCCAAGCCAGUAUAUUAAUACACUUCUAGUGCCCAAAGAAGGUGAGAUUCCCAUAGAUGCUCACUGCUUGGCGACCCAAGGAAUCUUUAAUGUGAUCUUUGUUGACUCUAUUCGUGAUCCCAAAGUUGGUGUAAUAUUUAACCCAAAUUCAUUGAUAAAUGCACUGGCGAAUGUGGUUGCCAAAUACAUGAGCACAAAUGAUAUUAUGGAGGGUUAACCAAAACUUGAGAGGCCAAAUGAUAUUUGGCAUAAAUAUUCAUGUCGAUAGGAAAUCAUUAUGUUGGAUUUUUCUCCCAAGAUGGAUAUUUUGCUCCUUCCCGUCUCAACGCUGAUGUUCUUGGAUUCAAGGAUAUACCUUAACUGAAUUACCUCGCAGCUAGCUUAUUGGGAUUCCAAGGAAAUUUCACACAGGCUGUAAUCAAAUCCUGUACAAAUGACCAUUCGUUCUGAUUUGGUUCUAAGAUCAAACAAGAAAAAGGUGUCAAAUUCAUAUCUGAAAAUUGUAAAGGAUGAUUUCUUUUACUUCGUAUUGAACAAAAGUUGGAUAUUAGUCUUGUAUGCCAACAACCUAUAUAGCAUGGUUGGCGGUGUAGAAGUGCUGUUAUCACGUGCAAACUUAUACCUGUUGACUGUACUUUCAUGUUUUCUCUCA